GUUAAAGUUUGAAUUUUGUAUUCACUGUUUGCGUUUUAUCAGAAGCCGAACGAUUUCUGUUCGAUAUUAUUAUAUCUUGGUUACAUCGUGUAUGUAAACACAAUCUCAAAUAAACAUUGAAUAAAAUGUCAGACAAGAUUCAAGUCGUUAUUCGACUACGGCCACUUAAUGAACGUGAGAAGCACAAUGGCAGUGACUUGGCUUGGCAAACCAGAGAGAAGAGAAUUAUCUCAGCUACAGAAGGAACCAAUAAUCAGUCAUAUAUGUUUGAUCGUGUUUAUGAUUGUAAUGACAUCACUGCAGACAUUUAUCAUGAAACUGUGGAACCAAUUAUUUGUGCCACUAUGGAGGGUUUCAAUGGAACCAUUUUUGCUUAUGGCCAGACUUCUUCAGGGAAAACCUACACAAUGUCUGGGUCAAAAGAAGAGAAAGGAAUAAUUCCAAUGGCAAUGCAGUCCAUGUUUGAUGCCAUCGAUAAUGCUCCAAAUCGACAGUUUCUUCUGCGAGUUUCAUACAUGGAAAUAUAUAAUGAAAAAAUCACUGAUUUGCUUGAUGUUGAAGAAAAGACACUGAAGCUAUUGGAAGAUGAGAAUCGAGUGGUUCAUGUGAGUGGGCUGAAGGAAAUGGUCUUUCAAAACAUAGAUGAUAUGUUAGCCAUUAAGAAGAAAGGAGAUUCAAGAAGACGUGUGGCUGAAACAGCCAGAAAUGAAGAGAGCUCUAGAUCACAUGCAAUAUUUUGUAUGAUUAUUGAGAGCCAAGAACGACAGGAUAAUGAUGAUGAUGAUUUAAGAGAUGAAUCUGUGCGACUUUCUUUAUUGUAUUUCAUAGAUUUAGCUGGAUCUGAAAAAUGUUCUGAAAAUACUGGUGACCGAUUCCGGGAAGGUUGUGCUAUCAAUAAAAGUCUCUCAGUUUUAGGACAAGUAAUCAGCAAACUUAGUGAUGGUAUCAGUCACCAGCAUAUUAACUACAGAGAUUCUAAGUUGACAAGAUUACUUCAGAAUGGUCUUGGAGGUAAUUCAAAGACUGCUAUUAUUUGCACUAUUAACCCAACUGCAAUUGAUGAGACACAUUCCACUCUGCGAUUUGCCAGUCGAGCCAAAACCAUAAAUAAUCAACCAAUGAUUAAUGAAAUCACAGAUGUGUCGAACAAGGCUAUUUUGAAACGCUAUCAACAGGAAAUUCACCAAUUGAAGAAGCAACUGGAAUCGUAUAAGAAACAGACUCCACAGAAGAACUUAAAUCCAUAUUAUAGAUUCAUAAGCAAUGAUUCAGAGAAAGAACAAUUGGAGAAGAAAUACCAAAAUACAAUUGACACACUGAAGAAAAUGAUAUGUGUCUCGACUUCUGAAAAUACCAAGCAAAGAAUCAUUCGGAGGAAGACAUGGUGUCCAGGACUUUUGAAGAGGAAAAUUGAAGCACCAAUAACAGAUGCUUGUAGAACUCCUGCGAGAUUUCUUGACAGCAUUGCCGAAACCUCACUGUCUGAUGAUGAGAGCAAAACUACUGAUACCAGUAAUAACUUGAAGCGUAUUUCCAAUGGCAAACCUCUAGUUAACUAUGUCAGCUGUUCUGUCCAAACAGAAUGUAAAAAUGAAAAUGAACAUUUCCUGAGGUUUGAAAAUGAAAUGUUAAAGAAUAUGUUAACAAUGAAAGAAAAUGAGUCUCAUAUGCCCAGCCCAACUAAAAAACCUCGCCUCUCUGUCCCUGAUCACGAUGAAACCAAGGAAUUCCUUGAGUUGGAGUUACAGUGUGUCAACGAUGGAAUCAAAUUGAGUGUGGAAGAGGAAAAGAUUGAAAAGGAGAGACAAAGGCUGAAAGAAGAAAAAACGAAUCAUGACAGAGAAGUGAAAGCUUUCAUUGACUCAAAAACAGAUCUGAUGCAAAAAGUGCAAAGUACAGAAAUUGAAAAUAUGUACUUGCUGUCUAAACUGCAAAAUAGUCAAGAACGUGUGAAGAGCCUUGAAGAAGAGCUUCAGCAUGCACAAAGAUCUAGUUUGUUAGAUACUAGCUGUUGUAGUAAUUCUGGAGAUAGGCCGUUACUGAAUCUAAGCAACAUCACUAGUCGUUCAGCUUCACGAUCUGCACGUAUAGCAGACUAUAACCUGCUUAAUGAUCAAAUAUUUAAUUUGGAGUCCCAAGUCCAAAUUUUGGAAAGCCAGGUUCAGAAACUGUCUCAUGAUCUUCAAUUGGCAAAAGAGCAAAUCUUAUCUAAAUCUGAAGAAAUAACUUUCUUAUCAUCGGAAAAUAAUGAACAAAAACUAGAACUUAAUAAAUUGAUUGCAGAAAAUGACAAACUUAAUCAACUUGUUCAGGACAAAACGCCUGUUUUUGAGCAUAAAGAAUACAUCGACUUGAAGACACAACUUAAUAAAGUUAUGCAAGAUAAUGAAAAAUUGAACUACAAACUAAAACUCAAAGCAGAAGAACUAACAUAUUUAUCAAGAGCAUCAGUGGAUCAGCAAGUGCAAUUAGAUGAUAAAAUUCCUGAAUUAAGUACUUCUGAAGAAAGUAAAACACCAGAAGAUAACAAUGAUGUUCUUUCUGAACUUCAAGAACAAUUAGCAGCAACAAUUAGAGAAAAGGAGAAAAUUGCACUUGAACUUGCAAUAAAAGAAGAAUGUACAAAAUUGCAAGAAAAUGUGGAGAUUGCUCAUCUUGUUGUUUUAGAAAUGAAAAAAUCUUUGAAAGAAACCAGAGAACACUUACUAGCUCAAAAAGAUGUAGAUCUUUCACAAAUCGAACAGUUAGAUACCAGCAUCAGAAAAUCUAUGAGCUUAAACUCUGCUGAUAGGAGUCAAUGGAAAUCCGUUUCAAUUGUUCAUCAAGUUAACUUGAAAGAUAAUGAUAAGGAUGAUUCUGAUGUCCUAAUUACGUCUCUUGAAGAUUAUGACUCAAGUGAUAUUUCUGACUUAGCAUCCAAAAGUCAGCUUCUUGAAUGCCAAACAAGUCUAGAUAAGAAAAUUCAAGAAUGUCAUUCUUUGAAGGAUGAAAUUAAUUCUCUGAAAAAAGAAGUUGAAAUUAAAACUAAAGAAUGUUCAUCACUCAAAAUUAAAUUAGAAUCCUUUGAAAGUGUAAGUGAAGUGAGGUCCAACCCUAUUAUUGUUAGUCAACAGAAUUCCAAUGAAUCUGAUUCUGAGCUAGAAAGGCUCAAACAUGGAAGUGGAGAGCUUGUUGAAGAUGAGAAUCUACAGAUACAGAAUAAUUUGCAUCAGUUAAAUUCAUUGGCAAGAGACUGUACACUUGACAAACAAGAAUAUGACUACCUGAAAGGAGAGUUGCUUUCAAACAAAGCAGAAUUAGAGGCUAAAAGACAACAAUGUGAAGAUUUGGUUGAACAAUUAAGCGAAAUGAAGUCAAAAUUCUCUGAUUAUAAAACACAAAAAGAUAAGGAAAUAGAAGCCUUGCAAUGUUCUUUACAAAGAUUAGAAUCCAAAGCUCUAGAAUAUGAUGUACUUGUUGAAGAAAUUGGAAGAUCAGAGGGUGAGAGUAAAGAGAAGGCAGAUAUUAUCUUGUUGAAAAGUGAACUUUCUCAUAAAACGAAAGAGUUGAAUGAUCUGAAAGAGAAACAUAAAUUACUAUUUGAAUCGUCGGAAUCUAAGAUCCAAAAUUUUGCCGCUUUGGAGAAAGAAAUAAGAGAUUUUAAUAUAUUAGAUGCAGAGCAAGAAGAACAGCUGUUUUCUGCUGAUGUAAAUCUUCAAUCUGCCAAACAAGAAAUUUGUGAUGGACUAGAGCUAAAUUUAUCUCAUUCAGGAUAUAUUGAUAAUAUACAACCAAAUUCUUUUGACAUCAAUGAAGAUGACAUUAUAGAACUCAGAAAAGAAUUAAAAUCAAAACUGACUUACAUUAAUGAACUGAAGAGAGAUAAUUCUAAUUUGAAAGACUCAUUAGAGAGACUUACUGCUGAGAAUGCUGGUUUUAUCAGUCUUGACAGUAAAUUGAAUGUUUGUCAAAAAGAACUGCAAUCCAAGGUUGAUGAAUGCCAUAAUUUAGCUGCAGAACUUGAUCUUAGGGCACAGGAUAGUGAAAUGAUAAAGGAACUUGAAGAGAACCUUUCUGCCAAAUCACAAGAGUGCUUAUUUCUCUCCAAAGAAUUGUCUUUACUGAAAGAAAGAAAGAUGGAUGAUAAUGAAAGAGUAACAGAGCUUCCUGAAAUUAAAGAAAGUGAGAUGGAUGAAAGAUUAAAAGAAAUUGAAGAAAAGUUAUCUGCUAAAUCACAAGAAUGUUUAGUGCAUUCCAGAGAAUUCUCUGAGCUUGAAGGUAGAAAUAUAGAGCUGAACAAGACAGUAAAAGAACUGGAAGAGGAAUUGUCUGAGAAAUCACAAGAAUGUUUAGCGCUUAGCAAAGUAUUGUCGGAGCUUAAACAAAAAAAUAUGGAGGAGAGUAUAACAGUGAAGGAACUAGAAGAGAAAUUGUCUGAAAAGUCAGAAGAAUGUUCAGCUCUUUUCAAAGAAUUGUCUGAACUUAAGGAUGGAAAAAUGGAGGAGAGUGUAACAGUAAAGGAACUAGAAGUGAAAUUGUCUGAAAAAUCGCAAGAAUGUUCAGCACAUUCCAGGGAAUUGUCUGAACUUAAAGAAAGAAAGAUUGAGGAAAGUGAAAUGGUGAAAGAACUAGAAGAGAAAUUGUCUGAGAAAUCACAAGAAUGUUUAGCGCUUACCAAAGUAUUGUCUGAACUUAAGGAAGGGAAAAUGGAGGAGAGUGUAACAGUAAAGGAACCAGAAGUGAAAUUGUCGGACAAGUCAGAAGAAUGUUCAGUUCUUUCCAAAGAAUUGUCUGAACUUAAGGAUGGAAAAAGAGAGUUGAGUGAAAUAGUGAAAGAGCUAGAAAAGAAAUUGUCUGAAAAGUCAGAAGAAUGCUCUGCUCUUUCUCAAGAAUUGUCUGAACUUAAAGAAAGAAAGAUUGAGGAAAGUGAAAUGGUGAAAGAACUAGAAGAGAAAUCACAAGAGUGCUUAGCUCUUUCUCAAGAAUUAUCUCAACUUAAAGAAAGAAAGAUGGAGGAAAGUGAAAUGGUGAAAGAACUAGAAGAGAAAUCACAAGAGUGCUUAGCUCUUUCUCAAGAAUUAUCUCAACUUAAAGAAAGAAAGAUGGAGGAAAGUGAAAUGGUGAAAGAACUAGAAGAGAAAUCACAAGAGUGCUUAGCUCUUUCUCAAGAAUUAUCUCAACUUAAAGAAAGAAAGAUGGAGGAGAGUAAAAUAGUGAAAGAACUAGAAGAAAAAUUCAAUGACAAAUCACAAGAAUGUUUAGCGCUGACCAAAGUAUUGUCUGAACUUAAGGAAGGGAAAAUGGAGGAGAGUGUAACAGUAAAGGAACUAGAAGAGAAAUUGUCUGAAAAAUCGCAAGAAUGUUCAGCACAUUCCAGAGAAUUGUCUGAACUUAAAGAAAGAAAGAUUGAAGAAAGUGAAAUGGUGAAAGAACUAGAAGAGAAAUUGUCUGACAAAUCGCAAGAAUGUUUAGCGCUGACCAAAGUAUUGUCUGAACUUAAGGAUGGAAAAAUAGAGGAGAGUGUAACAGUAAAGGAACUAGAAGAGAAAUUGUCUGAAAAAUCACAAGAGUGCUUAGCACAUUCCAGAGAAUUGUCUGAACUUAAAGAAAGAAAGAUUGAAGAAAGUGAAAUGGUGAAAGAACUAGAAGAGAAAUUGUCUGAGAAAUCACAAGAGUGCUUAACACUGACCAAAGUAUUGUCUGAACUUAAGGAUGAAAAAUGA